GGUCAUUUUGUAUAUCUUGACGAGACCUCUCAGCAAGCGGGCAACACCGCCGUUCUGAUCAACCCUCACUUCCCGGCGAUUCCCGACGGCGAGUGCCUACAGUUCUGGUACUACGUCCACGGGACCGGUGUAGGCUCCCUGGAGGUCUUCCAGUAUUUCCCCAACACGACGAGUCUGGGAGCCAGGCUGUGGGGGAAAAACGGGGACCAGGGGGACCUAUGGCGGCUGGGAAGGGUGACUCUUCAGGCUAACUCUCCAUUUUUGGCUGCAUUCGUGGGCACCGUGGGCAGUACCGGUCAAGGCGACGUGGCCAUCGAUGACGUCGAAGUGACCAUCGGUUCUUGUCCGCUAGCCGGCUACUGUGACUUUGAAGACGGCUUCUGCUCCUGGACCAACGAGGCCACACUGGACGACCUGGACUUCGUGAGAGGCAGUGGUUCCACGGAUAGCUUGGAGACAGGACCUUCGUUUGACCACACCAAAGGAACAACGGACGGCUAUUACGUCUUCCUGGAGACCAGCGGUUUCCUCGUCAACGAAGAAGCCUGGCUCGUCAGUGAACACCUCGACGCAACUCCGGGAGACUGCUUCAUCGUCUGGUACCACAUGUACGGACGCGGAGUCAAGCAGUUGGACGUCUACCAACAAGACCCCGACACACAGAACAGAGUCUUGCUCCAGUCUGUUGUCGGUAACCAAGGCAACGUUUGGUACGAACUGGCGAUCAACGUGACCAGCCCGCUGCAGCCCUAUCAGAUGGUGAUUGUCGGCGUCGUUGGGUUCAACUACACCAGCGAUAUCGCCGUGGACGACAUCUCUGUCAGGCCUGGGUUCUGUGGAGUUCCUUCCGCCUACGACUGCAAUUUCGAGCAGGGCCUCUGCUCUUACACCCAAUCCCAAGACGACAAUUUCGACUGGACCCGAUCGCGGGGCGCAACUGCAUCCGUAGACACCGGUCCCUCCAACGACCACACCACGGGCACCGGCCAAGGCUGGUACCUGUACAUCGAAACCUCGUCAACCCUCCAAAACGACCGAGCGCGACUAGAGAGCCCCUUCGUCUCCAAGAACAACAAAGUCUGCAUUGAGUUCUGGUACCACAUGUACGGCUCGAACAUCGACACGUUGAGCGUCUACGUGCGGCCGAAUCAGACAAGCUUGGGGCAGCCGCUGUGGUCAAAAUUCGGGACAUUGGAUGACCGAUGGUAUAUCGGCCAGUUUCCUGUGACCAACUCAGGACCAUUUCAGAUUAUUUAUGAGGCCGUUGCCGGGGCGAGUUACCAAGGUGACAUAGCGCUGGAUGAUCUCACUCUCUAUGAUGGCGAAUGCAGAGGAACUGCCAUCUGCUCCUUCCAGGAAGACAGCCUGUGUGGUUACCAGCAGGACACUACCGAUGAUUUCGAUUGGACGCCGCUCAGCGGACCAACACCGACACAAAACACAGGGCCUACGACUGACGCCACUUACGGCACUGCAUAUGGUCAGUACAUGUAUGCGGAAGCCACUGGUCAAUCCACUGGGGAUGUUGCUCGUCUACUUAGUCCGGUUUUCACCCCUGGUGAUGGCGUGACUGACGUCUGCUGGAAAUUCUUCUAUCACAUGCUCGGCUCAGACAUGGGGACUUUGGCAUUCUGGCCCAACGGUGAUCUCAACCCUUCAUGGUCUGUCUCCGGUGACAAUGGUGAUCAGUGGGUCCGAGCCCAGGUCAACAUCCAGAGGUCGACGCCCUAUCGGGUGGUCUUCCAAGCCACUAGGGGCAGCGGUGACCUGUCAGACAUCGCCAUCGAUGAUGUGGAUUACGUCCCUGCCGCCUGCCAAGUUGGAGGUAACUGUGACUUCGAGAAUGACAUCUGCACAUGGCGUCACUCGGCCGACGGCGUCUUCCAGUGGCUGAGAUCUCGUGGGACCACACCUAGUGGUCUAACCGGACCCUCUAUCGAUCACACCCUGUCUUCUGGACUUGGUUAUUACGCCUAUAUUGAAACAAGCUCACCCCGCGUCGUGGGCGAUAACGCUAUCUUGGAGAGUCAAGUGUACAGCCCCACUGAUCCUGUCACUGGAAAAUGCUUCACGUUCUGGUAUCACAUGUACGGGGCAAACAUCGGAGACCUUGUCAUGUAUCAGGUUAAAGAUCUCGGGGUUUCCAGGGCCGCCUCAGUGCUGUGGACACUGAUUGGACAACAGAGCACCAAUGAACUCGAUUGGAGGUUUGGACAGUUCCCGGUUACCAGUGAUGAAGACUACCAGAUUCUAAUUGAAGGGAUUGUGGGAAUUGACCACCAAGGAGAUAUCGCAGUGGACGACAUAGAAAUCACAGACGGCCCGUGCAUAACUCAACCAGCCAUUGCGGAGCCCAGUACGGACGUUGACUGUGACUUUGAUCGGGGCCGAUGCGGCUGGAUUCAGUCCGCAGCCGAUGAUUUCAACUGGGGGCGGGCUGUAGGUUCGACACCCUCCACGAACACGGGACCCCCCUAUGACCACACAACCACUCAAGGGUUCUAUAUGUACACAGAAGCCUCCUCCCAAUCCCAGGGCAGCAGGGCCCUGCUUGUCUCCCCCCUGCAGACAGGCUCCAACAAUCAGAUGUGCUUCUCCUUCUGGUAUCACAUGUUUGGUGGGACUAUGGGCACCUUGAAUGUCUACUGGAGGACCGCUGGAUCCAACGACACCCUAGUCUGGUCCCGGUCCGGUGCCUCGGGAAACACCUGGCUAGAGGCCGGACACACUCUCCAAUCGGCACAGGAUUAUCAGUUGGUAUUUGAGGGCAUCAUUGGUUCUAGCUUUGAGAGUGAUAUGGCCAUCGAUGACGUGAAUAUCACUACUGGAGCCUGCCCGCCACCAAGAUAUUGCAACUUUGAAUACAACAUGUGCGGCUGGACACAAGAUGGCAGUGACAUACUAGACUGGUCCCGGAGUAGCGGUAAUAGUAUUGUGCCUGGCAAUGGUCCAGACUCAGACCACUCCACCGGAGCACCAACAGGUUUCUUUAUGUACGUCGACCCGGCCCAGUCCCACGUUACCUCCGAUGAUGCCAUUUUGAUCAGUCCAGCCUUCGACGCGACGCUCGCCGGCGAUUGCGUCAAGUUCUGGUACUACGUCAGCGGUCCCAGUGACAUAUCCCUCAAACUCUGGUUGCUCAAUGUUACUCCUGUCUGGUCGAAGACGGGGGACCAGGGAAACUUCUGGAGGUACGGAUAUGCGACGUUCAGCUCCAACACACAAAUACAGGUUGCAUUUCAAGGGAUACUGGGCACCAGCAACACUGGUAUCCUUGCCAUUGACGACGUCGAGAUCGCCACAGGACCUUGCCCACCCCCGGGAUCAUGUGACUUUGAGGAGAGUCUCUGUUCAUGGAGCAACGAGCGUCUUCUUGAUGAUUUUGAUUGGUCGAGGAGUAACGGUGCCACUCCGAGCGUGGCAACUGGGCCGUCUGUGGACCACACCACGAACUCGUCAUUAGGUUUCUACGUCUACAUCGAGGCUUCGUCCUACUCCACCGGCUCCAAGGCUUGGCUGGUGUCCGAACACUUCGACCCCAUGACCCGAGGGUGCUUUGAGUUCUGGUACCACAUGCUGGGCGCCGGUAUCGGUGACCUGAACGUCUAUACCAACGACCUGGACAAUGCCCUCCUGACCACGAUGCUGACGAUCAGCGGUAACGAAGGCGACGAGUGGCACUUUGAGCAGGUGGACAUUACCAACAUUCAGACAUUUCAGAUUCUUUUGGAAGGGGUGAUCGGAGCCAAUUACACAAGCGAUGUCGCCGUCGAUGACGUCAUUCUGAAACGAGGCAGCCAGUGCGCCCGAGCAAGUCUCAACUGCACCUUUGAGACGGAUCUCUGUGGCUACAUUCAAGUGCCUGACGAUGACUUUGACUGGACUCGAAGCAGCGGUGGCACGCCAAGUACAACCACUGGCCCGGGGUUCGAUCACACGUAUGGCAACACAUCAGGUCAUUACGUAUUCAUUGAGACUUCGUCCCCGCGAGUCAUCGGGGACAAGGCCCGCCUGGCAUCCAUGUUCAACGAGCCGACGUACGACUCUCCCAUGUGCCUGACGUUCUGGUAUCACAUGUACGGUCUGGCCGUGGACUCCCUCAACGUGUACAUCAAGACUGAGCAGACGGAGACUCUAGUCUGGACCCGGUAUCAGACGCAGGGCAACAUGUGGCUGAAGGCUCAGUACACGGUGCAAAGCGAUGAUACCUGGCAGGUCAUAUUUGAAGGUGUCACAGGCAACACUUGGACUGGGGACAUCGCAUUAGAUGACAUCCUUAUAUAUUACGGUGCCUGCCCAGCUACAAGGGAUUGUGAGUUUGAGACUGGCCUGUGUUCAUGGACCCAGGACUUCCGCGAUGAGUUUGAUUGGGUGGUAGCUAGUGGGAGCCAGUUGAUUGGUACCCAGCCUAAUGUCGAUCACACAUUGGGAACCAGCACAGGCAAGUAUGCCCUAGUAACCACAAAUGCUCCACGUCGUCAAGGCGAUACAGCACGUCUCCUUAGCGCCAGGCAGACUGACACGUACGGUGAAUGCGUACGCUUCUGGUAUCACAUGUUUGGCAACAACGUCGGUACUCUGCGUGUCAUGUCAUAUGACCUUGUGACGAAUGUGGACAGCGCCCCAACAUGGCACCAGACUGGCCAUCAGGAUAAUGUGUGGCGGUUUGGCCAGGCUACCGUGUCCGCUGGACACCCAUUCAAGGUGGUUUUUGAGGCGGAGGUGGGUUCGAAUCCCAACGGCGACAUUGCCAUCGAUGACGUGGAUGUGAUUGACGGCAAAUGCUCAAGACAAGGCUUUUGUGAUUUUGAACGUGACAUGUGCGGUUGGACCAAUGACGACUCCUAUGACGUUUUUGAUUGGCUGCGGAGUGCUGGAGCCACGCCCAGCCUGAACACUGGGCCCAGCGUCGACCAUACCACCAACUCCGGGAUUGGUUACUAUGUGUUCACCGAGAUGUCCACUUCCGGCUUAUUUUUCGGCGACAACGCCUGGUUGGUCAGUGAGCAUAUGCCAGCAACCAAUGACGGAUGUCUAUAUUUCUGGUAUCACAUGUAUGGCAGAGGCGCCGGCGACCUGAAUGUGUACUUCCUCGAUAACGCUGGACAGACGAGCAGACAGUGGAGUCUCACUGGUGACCAGGGUGAUGUCUGGCAACAGGGACAGGUGGAUCUGAAGAGUACCAGUGAUUACCAGAUCGUUUUUGAGGCAACGUACGCCAGUGAUAUCGUCGGCGAUAUUGCUCUUGACGAUGUCGACAUUGAGCCUGUCUCAUGCUACAGUGGUGUACCUGGCAGCACGCCGGCGGCUCCUUCCAUGGACUGCACGUUUGAGGCAGACUUCUGCAACUACACCCAACUCCAAGACGACAACUUUGAUUGGACGAGGCUGAGAGGCAGCACUGGCAGUACGCACACGGGACCAGACCAGGACCACACAACGGGAUCAGGCUGGUACGUCUACAUCGAAGCCGCCAAUGGUGUUCAGGGGGACAAGGCUUGCCUGAUGUCGCCCCAGCAAAACCCGACCCAGUCACGCUGCCUGACGUUCUGGUAUACCAUGUACGGCCGUCACGUGGAUCGGCUGAACCUCUACCUGCGGGCUAACAACCUCGACACGCUGAUCUUCACCAAGUACGGGACCCAGGGGAACCAGUGGAUCAAGGGACAGAAGAGUGUCACGUCCGAUGAAGCCUGGUCGGUUGUCUUUGAAGGAGUUCGUGGUCCAGCGAAUCAAGCAGACAUUGCCAUAGACGACAUCUUCUUGGAAGCUGGAGCCUGCCCAGAGUCAACUGUCUGUGAUUUUGAGUUUGAUUUCUGCGGCUGGACACAAGAUCAAACGGACAACUUUGAUUGGACGCGUAGCUUUGGCGGCACUCCUAGUAGCGGCACUGGACCGUCCACCGAUCACACCACAGGCACGACGCAAGGCUAUUUUGCGUACAUUGAGACCUCCAGCCCCAUCGUGACCGGCCAGAUCGCUCGCUUGCUCAGCCCCGUCUUUGACGACACUAACGGAGAAUGUCUUCACAUGUGGUAUCACAUGUUUGGUGACGGCAUCGGCGAUCUCAAGAUCUACGGUUACGACACGGUCACCCUGGUGGAAACAGGUCCUCUCUUCCAGAUAUCGGGUGGACAGUACAAUGAAUGGCGUUUCACCGAAAUCACGUUCCAGGCGGCUCACCGAUACCAGAUAAUCAUCGAAGGAACUAAAGGAAGCAACUACAACGGAGACGUCGCUGUCGACGAUCUGAUGCUGGCGACUGGAGCUUGUAAUAGGCCAGGUUUCUGCGACUUUGAACAGGACACGUGCGGCUGGACCCAAGACACCACCAACGAUGACUGGGAUUGGCUGAGGCGAAGGGGUGCCACUCCUAGUGCAAACACGGGACCCAGUGUGGAUCACACCACAAACUCUGAUAAUGGAUUCUACAUGUAUUUUGAGGCAUCAAUAUCACCUCUGGUCCAGGGGGAUAACGCUAUCCUGAUCAGUCAACACUUGCCGGCCAGUAACAAGUCUUGUCUCUCCUUCUGGUAUCACAUGUAUGGCAGCAGCAUGGGAGAUCUCAAUGUGUACACCAAGGACGACAACUUGGUGCAGACACAGAUAUGGUCCAAGUCAGGGGACCAGGGAAACGUCUGGUUAUUUGGCCAGGCUAGACUGUCGAGUACCGUGGAAUAUCAGGUGCUUUUUGAGGCUGUUUACGACUCUGGCUUCAACGGAGAUAUUGCCCUGGAUGACGUUGAUAUCGAAGCCACAGAUUGCCUUGGAAUUGUCACACCGGCACCGCCGACAACAGCGAUACCAACGCAUGCCCCCAGUGCCUUUGACUGUGACUUUGAAAUCAACCUCUGCAGUUGGACCCAAGAGACAAACGAUGAUUUUGAUUGGACGAGACUCCAAGGCAGUACGGCGUCCGUUAACACUGGGCCACAAUUUGACCACACUACUCAGAGUAUCUACGGAUGGUACAUCUACAUUGAAGCCUCCCCCCAAAUCAACGGCGACCGGGCCCAGCUACUCUCUGCCCCCAUGGUAUCGGGCAGCGUCGGUAAAUGCAUUAGCUUCUGGUAUCACAUGUACGGACCCAGCAUCAACUCGCUGAACGUCUACCGACGAGAGAACGGACAGGACGUUCUGGAAUGGACGCGGAUUGGCGACCAGGGUCCAGUGUGGAACCAGGGACAAGUAUUCUUGGAUGGGUCGUUCAGUGUUGUAUUCGAGGGUGUCGUGGGCCAGUCGUAUGAAGGAGAUACCUCAUUGGAUGACAUCGUGGUGUACAACGGACAGUGCCCAAGUCUUGUCUUCUGUGACUUUGAGCACGGCAUGUGUGGCUAUGCCCAGGACACCACGGAUGACUUUGAUUGGCUGCUUGCAUCCGGCGCCACGGCGACAACGGGAACCAGUCCGCCUAAUGACCACACCUACCAGUCACCACAAGGACACUAUAUCUACAUCGAAGCCUCCGCCCCGCGCCAGUUGGGCGACAUUGCCCGCGUCACCUCUCAGGAGUACCCUGCUACCAUGGGAACGUGCAUGAAGUUCUGGUACUACAUGAUAGGCAGCGAUCUGGGCCAACUCAAUGUGUACAUUGAGGUUAAUGGGAACCGGGGAUCCAGCGUGUGGUCGCGGAGUACCAGCGGCUAUAACCUGUGGAGGAUUGCGGAGGUGACCGUGCAGACGAGCUACCCAUUCCGAAUUGUCUUUGAAGGCAUCGUCGGCAACGGUAUCCAAGGUGACAUCGCCCUCGACGACAUCGACCUCUCCACCCAAGCCUGCUCCCUGCCAGCCACCUGCAACUUUGAGAGCGAUUUCUGCACCUUCGCCAACAUCCAGCAGGACACGUUUGACUGGACGCGCAACAACGGCCUCACCGCGAGUAGCCAGACCGGCCCGCCCACCGACCACACCCUCGGUAACGUCUACGGUUACUACGUCUUCAUCGAGACCUCCGCGCCUCGUGUCCGCGACGACUUUGCGUACCUCUUCUCCGAGACGCUCCCGGCCAACACCGACAUGUGUCUGACCUUCUGGUACCACAUGUACGGUGCGGACAUUGGGACGUUGCGCGUGUGGCUGGAGACCACGGUCUUAAACCCCGCCUACUGGACACAGGUUUGGAGUAAGACCAGUGACCAGGGCAACUACUGGCAGAAUGCCAUCGUGGACGUCAAGAGCGAAAACUCCGUCUUUGAGAUCAUCUUUGAGGGCGUGGUCGGUCCCAGCUUUGCCGGUGACAUCGCCCUGGAUGACAUCCAGACUUUUUACGGCACGUGCGCCCCGCCCACCCCGGCCCCGCCCUGCCAGUUCACCUGCAAUAACACCAACUGCUUGACUGACCGCACCAAAGUCUGCGACUUUGUGGACGAUUGCGGAGACGGGUCGGAUGAGGAAAAUUGUGGUGGAACCUGUAACUUUGAAGGAGGCAUGUGCGGAUGGACUGAUACAAGUCUAGGUUCCUACAAAUGGCAGCUGGGCUCUGGAGCCACGCCCACCUCCAACACCGGACCCACCAAGGACCACACCUUCAACAACGCAGCAGGUACAUAUUUGUACGUGAAUGCAAACUCGGGUUCAGGAUUCAGCCAAGCCACGCUAGAGACCCAUGAACUUCACCAGGCCGCGUCGACCUGUCUGUUUAGCUUCUGGUAUCACAUGUAUGGACAGGAUAUUGGAAGUUUGGCAGUGUACUUGGUGGAGGGUUCUUCGCGUACCUUGUUGAUCUACUUAUUUGAGGACAUGGGAGACGUCUGGACUAACAUCCAACUGGGCGUCGGUAGAGUCAAUCUACCGUUUAAGAUUGUGUUUGAGGCCACCAGGUCCUUCAGUGUGCUCGGGGACAUUGCACUGGACGACGUCAGCUUUUUAGGCUGUGGGCUUCCUCCUCCGACCUCUGACCCUUGCCCCUCAGGUCAAAGUAAAUGUAACCGUGGCAACUGUGUUGAGGAUGGUCGGUUCUGCGAUCUGACUGAUGACUGCGGGGACUUCACCGAUGAGAACACAUGUGGCAACUACCACUUGUGCGACUUUGAGAGCGGCAUCUGUGAUUGGCGGCAGCUGUCCAAUGAUGAGCUAGACUGGCGAACGUACUCGGGAAUAACGCCCACUGAUUGGACGGGACCCACCAGGGACCACACCAGCGGGCUGUCAUCAGGUACGUACCUCUACUUGGAGACAUCGGCCCCACGUCAGAUGGGAGACCGUGCUCGUCUAGGCAGCUACAACAUCGCAGCCACAACCACAGGCACUUGCAAGCUUCGGUUUUAUUACCACAUGUUCGGCCGGACAACUGGUUCCCUGACAGUGUACAUACGCGAUACGGUCAACGGUCCCCUGGUCAAUCUGUGGAGUAGGAAUGGAGAAAUUGGUGACUUCUACGAGAGAGCCGAGAUUACGCUCGGAUGGAGCAAUCCAUUCCAGGUCAUCAUCGAAGCCACUGUUGGUAACGGUAUCUAUGGCGACAUCGCCAUCGAUGACACCUCCUUCACCCCCGGCUGUGCUGCCUACAAUGGCGAUCUGCCUGUCGUGGGUACGUCACCAUGGCAACCAGUCCCGACGACGCCACCACCAUGCCAACCCGACGAGUUUGUGUGUGGCUCGGGGACGUGCAUCAGUCUGGGCGUACUCUGUGACGGAACGAACGAUUGCACUGAUGGCUCGGAUGAGACCAACUGUGGAAAUUGUAACUUUGAAACUGACCAGUGCGCCUGGGUUGCCAUUGACAACGGUCGGUAUCGCUGGGCCAGACUGCAAGCAGGCAGCUCCUCGUCUUCAACAGCGCCCUCUUCUGACCAUACGUCAGGGACGGGGUAUUUCAUGUUUGUUGAUAGCACAGACGGAACGUUUCAGACGUCGGCCAUAUUUCAGAGCCCGACCCUGGGAUCUGUAGGGGCAAGAUGUGAGAUGAAUUUCUGGUACCAUCUCCGCGGCAGCAACGCCGGUACCCUUCUAGCCAUUGUGUAUCAAGGCGUGGUGCCGGACACCAGUGUGGUGUAUAGUGGCGACACCAACAACCAAUGGCAACAGGGGACACUGAGUGUGGGACCCAGACUCGCGGGCCAGUACUCGGUACGGUUUGAAGCUCUUCCAGGGAACGACUUUUCCGAUCCGUCUCUGCUGACAGACAUAGCCUUAGACGAUAUCACCUUCGACAGCUGUGACUCGGACUCAGAUUUGAGCUGUGAUUUUGAAGGCCAGGACAUCUGCGGUUGGACCCAGGACAACACGGACGACUUUGACUGGGUGGUGGCCCAGGGGGAGACGGGAUCCGUGGGCACAGGACCCCAGUUUGAUCACACACUGGGAACAGGAGCUGGUUACUAUGCCUACAUCGAGACCUCCUCUCCUCGCGUCCCAGGCGACAAAGCUCGCAUCAUGUCCGGCUCAAUCGCAGCCAAUUCACAGUACUGUCUGGAAUUCUGGUAUCACAUGUUCGGUCCCGACAUUGACGCCCUGAACAUCUAUCUGUCAUCCGGCGGCACUUCCACUCUGAUUUACCGGAAGCAAGGCACCCAGUCUAACCAAUGGCUGCGUGGCCGAGAGCCAAUCACAGGCAGCUCGACCUAUGAGGUCAUCAUCGAAGGAGUAACCGGCCAAUCAUUCGGCGGGGAUAUCGCCAUCGACGACGUCGUGUUUACACCCGGAACGUGUCCGACAGUUUCUCAAUGCACCUUUGAAUAUGACCUUUGUGAGUGGGUCAACGACGACACCGACACGCCAGGAUUUGAUUGGCUGAGAGGAGCCAAUGGGAGCCCUUCGCUGGGAACGGGACCGGCCACCGACCACACCUACGGCACACCAUCAAAUUUCUUUGCCUACAUCAACCCCCUCUCGCCCCGUCAACUGGGCGACGAGGCACGCCUCCUCAGUCCCUACUUUUACCCGGGUACCGACCACUGCCUCCAUUUCUGGUAUCACAUGGUGGGUGACGACGUCGGUUCCCUGCUGGUGUACAAACAGGAUGAGGGGGAUUCCUUCGUCACCCCCUCCUGGCAAAAGAACGGCGAUCAAGGAGACGUGUGGAGAUUGGGUCGAGUGACCAUCUUGCCAUCAUUUACCCAGAAGUUUAGGAUUGUCUUUGAAACCCAGGUUGGAUCCCCCACAAUGGGUGACAUAGCUCUGGAUGACAUCGGUGUCAGAGAUGGCGUCUGCCAAUCAGAAGGCCUCUGUGAUUUUGAAAGAGGUCUUUGCGGUUGGACGAACGAUAAGACAGGGGACGAUUUUGAUUGGUUGAGGGGUGCUGGUGGUACGCCAAGUUCGUACACCGGCCCGGCCGUCGAUCACACAACCAACACGGGGAGGGGCUUCUAUGUGUUCAUUGAGACUUCCUCUCCGCGAGUCUCCGGCGAUAGAGCCUGGCUCCUGAGUGAGCGACUCGAUCCCACAUCGGGAAAGUGCCUCUCGUUCUGGUACCACAUGUACGGCAGCAAUAUCAACACUCUGAGAGUGUACACGCAGACACCCAGCAUCUAUCCCAACAAUCAAACUCUCUGGUCUAAAAAUGGGGAGCAAGGCGACGUGUGGCUGCAAGGGAGACUAACUCUCUCCUCCAAUGAGCAGUUCUGGGUGAUUUUCGAGGGUGUAGUUGGGAUUGACUUCACGGGUGAUAUCGCCCUUGAUGAUAUUGAGAUAGCUGAUGGAAUAUGCCCAUCCACCAUUCCACCACCGACUACCCCGUCACCGCCACCAACAUACCCACCCAACUCCCACGACUGCGACUUUGAGCAAGGGAUAUGUCAGUGGACACAGGUGGCUAGCCCAGUCGACCAGUUUGACUGGACGCUGGCUACAGGCACCACAGGGAGCACCGGGACCGGUCCCGCUGGAGACCACACAAUCGGAGAUGCUAAUGGUCACUACGUAUACAUAGAGGUCACGGGUCAGGCAGAGAACGAUACAGCUUGUCUUUCCUCGCAAUACUUCAACGACGCGACGAGCGCUGGUUACUGCAUGGAAUUCUGGUACCACAUGUACGGCCCCCACGUUGCGUAUCUCAACAUCUACACCCUAACCUACACCGGGGGAGUCCAGACGCUAGUCUGGAAGAAAAUGGGUUCCUUUGGACCGCAGUGGAACCAAGGAAUGAUACACUUCUUGGAGACUGGUCGAUAUCAGGUUAUUUUGGAGGGCGUUGCCGGGCCGAGUUACCAAGGCGACAUCUCACUGGAUGACAUCACAUUCCACGCAGGACCAUGCCCAGCAGGAGUUCUUUGUGAUUUUGAGAAUGGUCUGUGCGGUUACACGCAAGACUCCACGGAAGAUUUUGAUUGGACGCUGAAUCAGGGUGGUACGCCGAGUCAGGGAACCGGACCGGCCACUGACCACACCUACUUGACUGACUUAGGUCAUUACAUGUAUGCUGAGAUGUCAUCUCCCAGGGUACCAGGUGACGUGACACGGUUGGACAGCCCGGUCUAUCCUGCUACCACGGGACGCUGCUUGCAGUUUUGGUACCAUAAUUUCGGAGUUGACAUUGGCACGCUAACUGUCUACACCAGAGCUUCCAACAACUACGUUCAGCUAUGGACCAAGGAUUAUUCUUUCUAUGACGAGUGGUACGUGGCUGAAGUCACUGUCUCAUCUGUGACAGACUUUCAGAUUGUCUUUGAGGCAGUGACUGGCUUGUCGUGGCAAGGGGACGUCUCCAUCGAUGACAUCCGUUUCCGUGACGACGGCCCUUGCAAUCCCUUCGGCGAUUGCAACUUCGAGACGGGCGACACGUGCACAUGGAAGAACGCAGAGGAUUACGUGGACUACUUUGACUGGAUGCGUCAACAGGGGGCGACAUUGUCUGAUAGCACGGGACCGUCCGUGGAUCAUACCCUCGGAAGUGCUUACGGUACUUAUCUGUAUGCCGAGGCCUCUGCGCCCAGACAGCAAGGCGACUACGCCUACCUGAUCUCUGGAGUCUUUGACGAUGGCGACUACUGCCUAGAGUUCUGGUACCACAUGUACGGCAGUCAGAUGGGCACCCUCAAUGUUUGGACCUUGCCCAUCUACUCCUCGUCUCCGGGCGAGAUCGUCUGGACGGUGAGCGAUGACAAGGGCGACGUCUGGAGACUGGGAAGGGUGACCGCCUCGCCGGACGGCACCUCGCCGUUUGAGCUGACCUUCCAGGCCGUGAUUGGGUCAUCUUUCUCUGGCGAUAUGGCAAUCGAUGAUAUCGUUGUGAGCAAUGGAAUAUGUCCAGAUCCUGUUGAUCCAUGCUUCACAACUUGUGAUGACGGCACCAGCAAUUGCGCAUCUCGGGCUCAGACCUGCGACUUCAACAACUACUGCAGCAAUGGAAAAGACGAGGAAGCGUGUGGUCACCAGUGUACCUUUGAGUCGGACCAGUGCAACUGGGUCAACUAUGACAAUGGGUCCUUCACCUGGGUGCGAUACAGGGGUGCCACUCCUAGCCAGAACACGGGACCCACUUAUGAUCACACCACGCUCACCGCACAAGGAUGGUAUAUGUACGUGGACUCCAACUCCAACGCCGGUGCCGCGUGGGCGGAGCUACACAGCCCCACCCUCCGCAACUCGGCCGCCAGCUGUGAGCUACGCUUCUGGUACCACAUGCAAGGGUCGGACAUCGGUACCCUGACCGUGUUCCUAGUGGAGACGUACUACGUGCUGUACCCAUUGCAGCUAAGCGGGGACCAUGGGAACCGGUGGAACGAGGCAGUGGCGCCCAUCGGCCGAGUUCCUAACGAUUUCUCGGUUGUCUUCCAAGCCUAUCGUAGUUUCAGCGUUCUUGGUGACAUAGCUAUUGAUGACAUCAGCUUCAGUGGCUGUGGGGUCCCAGAGCCUGUAUCAGGCAACUGUGGUACCAACCAGUUCCGCUGUGCCAGCCGGGCUUGCGUCAACAACGAUCGGGUCUGUGACUUCAGCGAUGAUUGCGGAGACUACUCCGAUGAAGCUCUCUCAGUUUGUAAUGCCCCUCAAGCGUCCUACGACCGAUGCGAUUUUGAUGCCAACUUCUGUGAUUGGCAGCAGUUACAGGACGAUGAUUUUGAUUGGUCGAGAACAUCUGGGCCAGCGAGUGGCGAUCUGGCCACCGGCCCGCUGCGUGAUCACACAACUAAUGGACCUACAGGAAGUUACGUUUACAUUGAUGCCAGUAGCCAAGGUGGCGGCGAUAAGGCUCGCCUAGCAAGCCCAACAAUACAAGCUGUGCAGACAGGAGAAGACUGUCAGCUUCGUCUUUGGUUCCACAUGUUUGGCGCCGACAUCGACACCGUCAGGAUCAAAACUUGGACGGAAGUCAACGGUGAUGAAAGCCUCCUGUACUCUCGCACCGGUGACGUAGGGGACUACUGGGAGAGGAUUGAUGUGGUUCUAACCUCGGCCCAAGAUUUCCAGGUGAUUUUGGAAGCCGUGGUUGGCAACGGUCCAAACGGCGACAUUGCUAUCGACGACACUUCAUUCACUCCUGACUGUAAACGAUCUACAAAUACCCUCCCGGUCGGUCCGACAAGAAUGCCCACGACUACAGUCGGUCCGUGCGGUAAGAACAACUGGCAGUGCGUGACUGGGGAAUGCAUCAACCAAACGCAGCGCUGUGAUUGGACGACUGAUUGCCCCGGAGGCGAGGAUGAAACCAAUUGCGGAUCCUGCAACUUUGAACCAUUGGACCAGUGUGGCUACAGCGAUAUCAGCACGGGGAACCUGGCCUGGUCUCGCCAACAGGGGGCGCCAUCACUCAUCCCCAGUGGCGACCACACCUCCGGAUCAGGUUUCUUCAUGAAGAUCGGUCCAGGCAGCGGUCUCUUUGCCAGUCCUGUCAUCCUAGAGAGUCCUCUACUCAGCCCCACCAGUGCCCUCUGCAAGAUCAAGUUCUGGUUUGUGAACUACAUGGUCUCAGGAGGUAGUCUGACCCUCAAGGCCCUUGAUGCUACGGCGCCGUCAGACGUUGCCGACUUGUGGCAUCCUACGGGGUCAGGGCUGGACCCCCAAUGGCGGGAGGCUAACGUUGGCAUCGGACGACGUCGAUACAGCUUCAGGAUCCAGUUUGAGGCAGACGUGUCCAGUAUCGACUCCAUCGCCGUCGACGACAUCACGUUUGAGAAUUGCACGCUUGACCCCAAUCUCCCCUGCGAGUUUGUCUGCGAUAAUGGCGUGUGCAUCCCGGAUGCACUGAAAUGUGACUAUUCCGACGACUGUGGGGAUAAUUCUGAUGAGUUGGCAUGCGAUAAUUUCCUUGAACGUUGCGACUUUGAGUUGGGUCUGUGUAACUGGAUGCAAGAUUCUGAUGAUGAUGACAUCGAAUGGUCAUUAAUGCCUGGUUCUGUGCUGGGCUACCCCGAUCACUCUACAAACUCACUGACUGGCUCAUUCCUAUACAUAAGUACUACCGAGGUCAACCUCAAAGCCAGACUGAGCAGCGUGGUGUUUCUACAACCGCCUCGUGAUGGAUCCUGCAAGGUUCGUUUCUGGUACCGUAUGUACGGCUCCAGCAUCAGUAAGCUGACCGUCUACCAGCGCUACUCCACCCUGGAUUUCCCAUCCCCCAUCCUGACCAUCUCUGGUAGUCAAGGCGACUCCUGGAAACGGGCAGAGGAGAGGAUUGACAUCGAGGCUAAAUUCAAGAUCAUCAUUGAAGGAACGUCUUCCUCUGCAGCCAGCGGUGACUUUGACAUCAUGAUUGACGACGUUUCCUUCACUCCCAGUUGCAUGUUGGACCCGACCAACUCUCUCCCUGACCACGCGACGCCGACAUCCCACCCUCAAUGCCAGGUUGGCGAGUUCCGAUGUACCGACGGGACGUGCCUGUCUCAUGACCUCCAAUGCGAUUUCCGAUUUGACUGCAGUGACGGAUCAGAUGAGGCCGCAUGCCCGUCCGUGUGCACGUUUGAGGACCAGACAUUCUGUGGCUGGACUCAGGUCCAGAGCGACGACUUUGACUGGAAGAUGCGGGACGGCAACGAGAUCGAUACGUUCGGCGGUCCGGUGUUUGAUCAUACGGCAACCAACCCACCAGGAUUUUACAUCUACGUCGACGGCUCAGAAACCUCCGUUAACCAGCAUGGCAAGCUUGUAUCUAGAACCUACCAUCUGGCCGGCGUCGGCUGCAAGUUCAACCUCUACUACUACAUGUUUGGCGUGUCCUACGGCGACAUCACGGUCUCCGUCCGGUAUGGCGACAAGGAGAGAGUGUUGGGGAAAGUCUCUGACAACAUCGGGCCGUACAACAGAUGGAAUAUGCAGAGCACGGAUAUACCCAACUGUCUGGCUGAUUUCCAGAUUGUGGUAGACGUACAGGACCUCCAAGUGACUGCCUCAGAGUCUGGCUUCGCCGUUGAUGACCUCCGUUUUGAUAACUGCGCCUACAACCUCCCGACCUUGUCCAGUUGCCCCUCUGGUCAGGAUCGAUGCAGCUCUAAUCACUGCUACCCGGUAUCCGGCAAGUGUGAUUACCAGCUAGACUGUUGUGACAGCUCAGACGAACAAUCUUGCAGUUCGUACACCCGUUGCGACUUUGAGAGCAGCUUGUGCAACUGGGAACAGCUGACGACAGAGGAGGCAGACUGGCUGAGAGUGCAUGGGUCAGCCAUGGGUCUGGAAGAUCACACCACAGACUCCCAAAAUGGAUAUUUUGUCACCAUCGGCACAUCUCAAACGAAGAAUCAGCGAGCUCGUCUAGCUGGCCCUGUCCUUGAAAACCCUUCAUCAACUUGCACAAUUCGCUUCUUCUACCACAUGAUUGGGCAAGACGUCGGAUCGCUCAGCGUCUACACACGCACGGAAGUCAACGGCCCACUGACGUUGAUGUGGAAAGUCGAAGGAGAAAAUAACGAAUGGUGGAGACGAGCUUCUGUUGAUAUAAACUACAAUGACCCCUAUCAGAUCGUCAUUGAGGCAGUCAGAGGAGCUGGUUCCCAUGGUGACAUCUCCCUUGACGACGUCUCUUUGACUCCUGAGUGCGUGCCGUCCUCAUCAUCCCUGCCUGUCCUCACAACACCGGAACCAGUCAUAAUGACCACGGUCCCCAGAGUCUGUUCAGACGUGCAAUUCCAGUGUCGUGACUUCACGUGCAUUCCCGCGGAGCAGAUGUGCGACUUCAAGAUGCAGUGUCCUGACCAAUCAGAUGAGGCCUCUUGUCCAACCUUCUGUGACCUUGAGAGCGAUUCUUGCGGCUGGAUGGAGACUACUGUAGACAACUUUGACUGGCAUCGGGCUACUGGACUUGACACCUCAGCGACACCAAACGUUGCACCCAGGACUGACCACACACUCUCUACUGACACCGGUCACUACAUGUACAUUGCGCCCUUCGGUCAGACCUCCGUGGACCAAGUCGCACUCAUGGUAGGCCCCGCCUACACUGUCGCCUCGGCCAAUUGCGUCUUGGAAAUAUGGUACAUCAUCAACGGCCUGAAUGUCGGUGAACUGCUCCUGGUGUUGGUCGACCAAUCAGAUCGCACCGAGUCUGUGCUUUGGGUCAACAGCGAUGACCAGGGCAGCCAAUGGAAACAACUGACUGUUGGUAUUGGGAGGAGGCAGUCACCUUUCAUGCUGAAAUUCCGUAAGGAGCGUAAUUCCAACUACCAGGGCAUGAUCGCUCUUGACGACAUCAAAUUCACCGGCUGCGCCCUGCCGGACCCCGCCCUAUCAUGUGACACCUCCAGUAACUUCUGGUGCGACAACAAGGCCUGCGUGGACAAGAGUCUGGUCUGUGAUUGGUCGGAUGAUUGCGGCGAUGCGACGGACGAGGAUCUUCAGUCUUGCAUAACCAGCGGCCACAGGAUGUGCAGCUUUGAAAACGAUCUCUGUGAUUGGACGCAGCCCACGGGCACGGACGGCUUUGAUUGGAUGAGAUUAAAAGGCAUGUCAGCCUCCCCUGACACAGGACCAUCCAGGGACCACACCUUGGGGUCUAGUGAGGGUUACUACAUGUUCGUGGACUCCUCCCCUGGCAACUUUGAAAAGACGGCCCAACUCCUCAGCCCCAAGUACACUGUGCCGUCUGGCAACGAUUGCAAGUUUCGCUUCUUCUAUCACAUGUUUGGUGCGAACAUCCAAGACCUGAAAGUGAUGCUGCGUUCCUAUGACAACAGUAACUACCUCGCCCAGACGAUCUGGUCAAAGAAUGGUAACCAAGCUGAUGUCUGGAGGCGAGCAGAGGUUGCCGUGACAACCAGCACACCAUUCCAGAUUGUCAUUCAAGCCUCUGUAGGCGACGUUGCCGGGGGUGACAUCGCCAUUGAUGACACCAGCCUGACGCCCGGUUGCCAGUCCUACACCGGUAACCUUCCCGUUGCCCCGGCAACCUCCCCGCCUCCCACAGGCUCCGGCCAGUGCUCGGAGGGCCAGUUCUACUGCGCUGUGGACGACAGAUGUAUCAGCGGAAUCAACGUUUGCGACUUCAAGAAAGAUUGCCUUGACGGGGCUGACGAAAGCAACUGUGUCCAAUCAAAGUGUGACUUUGAUUCUGGCUCGUGCCACUGGGAGUUAUCAGACGGUGAUUUCUAUUGGUCGUUGGUCCAGGGCAACGGAGGUGACCAGAAUCGGCCGGCGACUGACCACACCUCACAGUCAACCCUUGGUUACUAUGCCAAUGCAAUGAGCAAGUCUGACACCGCUGGCGUGACAGCCAUGACGUCAGCUACACUCUCUGAAACAAACACGAACUGCAAGCUAGAUUUCUGGUACUACAUGACGGGUACCAACGUGGGUUCGCUGAGCGUCUCUACAUCACAAGGCGGUGUGAAUGCCACCAUUGGUUACAUCAGCGGUUCGCAGGGGUCACAGUGGCAGAAAGCUGAGAUGGUUCUGGGCGCUGGCACCAACUACAAUGUGAUUAUUGAAGCCAGACGAUCUGCGACGUUCUCGGGUGGCAUCUCAAUCGACGACGUCUCCUUCUACAGCUGCUCGCCUCCACCGAUCACCGGAGUGCCGUGCAACGACGAUCAGUUCCAAUGCAGUAACUCGCUGUGUGUUGACAUGACGUCAUUGUGUGACUACAGGGAUGAUUGCAUGGACGGUAGCGACGAAAGCAGUUGUGACACUUCACUCAGCUGCAGUUUCGACGCAGACCUCUGCAAGUGGCACCAGGAAUACGACGACGAUUUUGAUUGGUCGAUGAGGACAGAUGGAGCCGGGGGUCCGAGCGUCGGACCAAUCAACGACCACUCGAGGAAUUCAAAUGAAGGCAAGUACUUGUACAUUGAUUCCUCUUGGCCGAGACGAAGUACCGAUGUUGCCAGACUUGGAAGUCCCUCAAUCAGCAGACUAAGCAACAACUGCUAUGUUCGUUUCUGGUACUACAUGAACGGGGACGAUGCAGGCACCAUCGUCGUCCGUCAGCGUACCUCGUAUCUUAGCAACGCUUUGCCUCAGAUGGAUCGCAUCACUGGUUCCCAAGGCGACGCAUGGCAUCUCAGGUCGCUGCCCGUCAACAACCCGGGGGUGGACUUUGAGAUUGUAAUUGAGGGAAUGACAGGUACCAGUCCACGAGGUAGCGUCGCUAUCGAUGAUGUCUCCUUCUCAACUGGUUGUGCCAAGGGAAGUGAUCUUCCCAGUGAGCCGCUGCGAGGUGACACCAACCUCUACUGCCCAGACGGUCGCUACGCCUGCCUGACAUCGACGGGAUGCUACAGCCAAUCACAGCACUGUGAUCUGACAUCGCAAUGCAGUGACUCUUCCGACGAAAACACGUGCGGCUCCGAGUGUCGUUUUGAAACUGACAGUAAUGCUUGCGGAUGGUACAGUGCCGUCUCCGACGGACUUGAGUGGCGUUAUGGUCGGCCCACUGACGGGGAACCAGUGAAUGACCAUACAACGGAAACAAGUCAAGGUCAUUUCAUGAUCAUCGUGCCCCAGCUGAACUUUGCAAACACCGGUCGUGCCGUUCUGAGCUCUCUGAUGUACCAACGAUCCAGCGCCUUGUGUGAUAUUAGUUUCUUCUUUUAUCUCAAUGGCAACUCACUUAACUCCAUCAGCGUUUACUUAAAGACUGCAGCAUCAACGACAACACAGAAGCUGUUUGAGAGUUCCAACCAGCAAGCCAGCUGGCAGUCCACAGGCGAGAUUCAGAUCGGCGAACAGACCAGCUUUGCCAUUCAGAUUGAAGCCGCCUUCGGUUCGGGCCAAUCGGGCGUCGUUGCUGUCGAUGACAUCGAAUUUGCUCAACAGUGCGCCAUCGGUCUCGGCAAGACAGAAACGUGCAACACCGAUCAGUUCAAGUGCGGGAGCGGGGAGUGCGUGAUGCAGACUGUGCUUUGUGACAAGAAACCUGACUGCUUCGAUGCUUCCGAUGAAAACAACUGCGCUUCUUAUACUGGAUGUGAUUUUGACGACGGUACGGCCUGUAGCUGGGCACAGAUGACUGACGAUGAAUUUGAUUGGCUGCUUGGAAGCAGCACUCCAGCAAUUGGUGACGAUCAUGGAAAAGGUGGCAAGUUCAUGUACAUCAGUGGCUCGGCUCAGCAGCGUGGGGACCUAGCCAGGAUGGCAACCGCUGCCGAAUACCCUGCUAACAGCGGAGCCUGCAGGGUACGAUUCUGGUAUCACAUGAACGGCGGAAACAUUGGCUCACUCAAGGUGUACAUGAUGUCAACCACUACGUCUGUCAUGACGCCAGUUUGGAGCACUGACGGUGACCAAGGCGAUGACUGGGCCUACGGCAGUGCGGCAAUCGUCAGCGACGGGAGCUUUAAAGUGGUGUUUGAGGGCGCUGUUGGGAGCAGCGCGGCGUCAGAUAUUGCGAUCGACGAUGUCACAUUCACCCCGAGCUGUGUCAAUCCUGAUACUGCCGUGCCCACCCCAAUCCCUGGAAUGUGUGGCGUUUCAGACGGUAGUUUCGUCUUCUGUCCCAACGAUCGCAUCUGUAUCCCAUCCUCUUGGGUCUGUGACGGAGUCGUAGAUUGUCCGAGGGACGGCUUAGAUGAAUCAACAACUCUUGGAUGCAGUAACACCUCAGUGCCCAAUCCUCCAACAGGUGCGCCACAAACUGGCUCAAACAAUUCUGUAAUUAUAGCAAUCGCCAUUAUCGCCGGUGUUUUGGUCGUCAUCUUGAUCGUGAUGGUUGCUUUUCUGUACUCGAAGCGAGUGCAACACAGCAAACGUUUUGGGGAUAUUCCAAGGGAACACAGCAACGUUGCCAUGAGCAACCCAGCUUACGUAGGCGACCAGGCUUUCGACUCAGUUCUCACGGACUUUUCAGCAGCAGGCUACGACCCAGGCAUGUUUUCAUCAAAGCUUGACGUGCCCCACGCUAAGCCCAGAGGUGGUAGUUUCAGCAACCCGACCUACGGCACCCAUCCAGUCACCCUACCACUGGACAAUGAAACAGACUCAUAACUUGAACAACAAAGACUCACGGAAUCAACACUCCAUGAAUUAGAUGCUAUGAAAUACAAAACAAAAUGGACUAUGUGGUUUCUUUGAAAGUAUAAUGACUUCUUAAAUAUAUACUGGUAAUCACGUAUAGCUUUAAUUUCAUUAUCCUUAUUACGAGUGCUUCUUUUCUUAUUCAUGCUAAGCUCUUUUUCUGGACAAAAUUUUAAAUAUUAAUAUCAAACUUAACAUCUGUCUCAUAGGAACCAGUAAAUGAAAUUUGUGUUUUUUUUAAACAAUGUUAGAACUUGGACCAAGAUCUCUUUUAAAUAGAAAAAAAUGUGAGAUUUUCUGUGUGAAUUGACUUGCCGUGUGAACUGUGCACAUUCAUAGAACACUAAAUAGGCUUAAAGUGUAACCACCCUGAUGAGUUCAAUAAAACUAAUUUUUAGGAUUUAUAUGCUUGUCAACAAACCAAUUCGUGAAUGAUCUAUUUGUUUGAAUACAUUUGUUCCGCCCUUGGUCCUUUUUAAGGGAAUGGGUUAAUAUUUCUUGUAUGUAGUAUAUUUGAUAUUCAUUGUAUGUAGGCUAGAAAAUGUAAAACAUCAGAAAUUUGCACUUACGUGCAUAAAUAUUAGAUGCUUGGAAAUGUUGAAACACUAAAGAUAGAUAUAAACUUCGUAUGGCAUCGCAUAAUUUUUACACUUAAGACAAGUUAAAAAUAAGUAUGUUCUCGUCAAGCCUUUUUGAUAAAAAAUGAAAACGGCAGAAUUGUUUUUCCAAGAUAGUGAAUUUUUCAAGGUAGCGGAUGGAUUUUUCAAUGUUCUCGACUAUUUUGCUGAUACAAAAUGGCGUCCAAAUAGGAGCCAUUACCCUUUUAACAUAGCUUCAAUUUUGUUAGAAACAAAUAAAAAGGCAAUAUAUUUACAAUAUAUGCAAAAUAUAUUACAAAUGGAUUUUUUUUAAAGGAGGCGGCCGGGAAAGAAAAGAAGCAGGUCGGACGAGAACCUUGUUAACUUUUUUUAACUGGCUUUUAUGUUUUGAUACCCAUUUAUAUUCUGUCAUUUGUUUUGCAUCUUUUUCAAAUAGUAUUGUUUUACUUCUCCAAUGUAAAGUUUACAGUAAGAAAAUUGGUAAUGGUUCAAUUUUUCUUUGAAUAAGAAAGCACUUAAAAAUACCAGGGUUCGACCUUAACUUUUUUUCCACGAGCCAGGCGGGCUACUGAAACAGACUAGCCCGCGGGCAUGUUCACUAGCCUGCAAGUUUUUCUUUUAUAGAGUGUCUCACAAAC